AUGGCAACAGACGCAGAUGUGGAUAUGGGAGGUGUCCCAAGCGCCGACGAUAUUCAUAAUGUCGUACCAAGUGGUACGAAAAGAAAAGCCGAGAGUCUGACAGAAGGAGCUGGUGCACCUCGCAGAAUCAAGGCGCUCGAUCCGAAUGUUGUCAACAAAAUCGCUGCCGGUGAAAUCAUAGUCGCUCCCGUCCAUGCCCUCAAGGAGCUUAUUGAGAAUGCUGUCGAUGCCGGUGCUACCUCUCUGGACGUCCUUGCUAAGGAGGGCGGGCUGAAGCUGUUGCAGAUAACAGACAAUGGGUGUGGCAUUCAAAAAGAUGACUUGGCCAUCCUUUGUGAGCGUCAUACAACCUCCAAAAUCACCACCUUCGAGGAUUUGUCUGCCAUUGAGACAUAUGGCUUUCGCGGCGAGGCUCUCGCCAGCAUCAGCCACAUCGCCCAUCUCUCUGUUACCACCAAGACAAAAGACUCGGAUCUUGCAUGGAGGGCGCACUACUACGAAGGCAAGCUUGCACCAGCAAAGCCUGGUCAAUCAGCAGAGCCCAAAGGUGUUGCAGGCCGCCCGGGAACGCAAAUCACAGUAGAAGAUCUUUUUUUCAACAUCGCGACACGGAGGAGAGCCUUCCGUUCGCCAUCUGAUGAAUUCAACAAGAUCAUAGACAUGGUUGGCCGGUACGCUGUGCACUGCAAAGGUGUUGGCUUCACCUGCAAGAAGGCAGGCGAAGCCUCGACAAAUCUGUCAAUCCAGGCCCAUGCUACCAUCAUCGAUCGCAUUCGUCAAAUACACGGCAGUGCCGUGGCAAACGAACUUUUGGAAUUUUCAGUUUCUGAGGCUCGUUGGGGUUUCAGAGCUGAGGGCUAUACGACCAAUGCAAACUAUUCUGUCAAGAAGACAACAAUUUUGCUCUUCAUCAACCAUCGUUGUGUCGAGUCAACUCACAUCAAGAAAGCAAUAGAGCAAACCUACGCGAAUUUCUUACCCAAGAACGGCCACCCUUUCAUAUACCUGAGUCUUGAGAUUGACCCAGCUCGAGUAGAUGUCAACGUUCACCCGACAAAGAGGGAAGUCCAUUUCCUUAAUGAGGACGAGAUCAUUCAAUCAAUAUGUGCAGCAAUCGAGUCUAAGCUCGCCGCAGUUGACAUGAGCCGCACAUUCAUGACACAAACACUUCUCCCCGGCGCGAAAGCGACUGAAUCCACCUCUCAAGCAGAGAGUGAUGGUACACCUAACCGAAGAACCCCAGCGACAAAGAAGCGAAGAUACUCCAAUGACUUGGUAAGGACAGAUACUGCUGAGCGGAAAAUUACAUCCAUGUUUGCUCGAGCUGGCCCAAGUGAAUCAACAGGCUCUAUGGAUCGUGCAGGUGAUGCAAUUCCCAUCCAUGAGCCUCUCGAGUAUGAGACAGUAGAUCGCGAGCUCGUGCAAUGUCGCCUGAACAGCGUCAAGUAUCUGAGGGAAGAGGUACGGGAAGAUAUGCACCUCGAACUUACCGAAAUUUUCGCCAACCAUACCUUUGUUGGCGUUGUGGAUGAGCAACGUCGGCUAGCAGCGAUCCAGGGGGGUGUCAAGCUGUAUCUAAUUGACUAUGGCCGAACUUGCUACGAGUAUUUUUACCAAUUGGGACUCACAGAUUUUGGCAAUUUUGGAACCAUCAAAUUCGCUCCUGCAUUGGACCUCCGUGAACUACUCCGGACGGCAGCUGCGGUUGAAAAGAGCCUAAUCACCUCGCCCGAUGAGGAUUUUGACACCGAGGCAUUGGCAGAUCGCGUAACAGACCAGCUCAUUGAGCGCCGCGAGAUGCUUCUCGAAUAUUUUUCUCUUGAGAUAUCACCUACUGGUGAACUUAUCUCUUUGCCACUACUUAUCAAAGGAUAUACACCACCUCUUGUCAAGCUUCCUCGCUUCCUCCUCCGCCUCGGUCCUGGUGUUGACUGGACGGACGAGCAAGCUUGCUUUGAUUCAUUCCUGCGAGAAAUGGCUACGUUUUACGUUCCAGAGAAAUUACCAACCUUGCCCGGUGACGCGGAAAGCCUUCGAGAAGAAGUCAUCUCAGCCGAGAUGCGUGCCCGCCGCCAGCACGUAAGACAUGCUGUUGAGCAUGUAUUCUUUCCGGCGUUCAAGGCGAGAUUGGUAGCGACCAAGUCACUGAUGGAAGAUGCAGUGCUCGAAGUCGCAAACUUGAAGGGCCUCUAUCGGGUUUUUGAACGGUGUUAG